AACUCAAGGGGCAAGCAUGGCUAGCGGGCCGUGCGAAAAACAAGCAAAGGCCCGCUCAAGUUCUCCUUGCGAUGUUGUACCGUGUGCAAAGGAUUCUCGCUCUCAUCCCCCCAUCUCCCUCGAUUUCUUCUCUUCCUGGACUAUCAUCUGAGCUAGAUUUGGCAUCCCGAGUUAGGACUUCAGCAAAUUUUCAGCGCGAGAUACUCGUCUAUUGAUCGUAGAGCCGCUUGGUGUAUGCGAGCUAUUUGCCGAUCGCUCUUUUUCAGUCCAACUUUUGAGCUCGGGGUUCCACCUAUUGGCAACUGUACGUCGCGGUGAAGACUUAUUGGUCCUCUUUAUUUCUUCUUGACACUUUCCCGUGCCUUAGUAAUCUUCCAAGAUGCCUCCUCUAGGUGGUGGAGCUAAAUGCUCACGAUGCGGAAAGUCGGUGUAUGCCGCAGAGGAGAUCAAAACUAACUCAUACUCCUACCAUAAAAUGUGCCAUAGAUGCUUCCUCUGCGAAACAGGGUUGGACUCCAAGACGGUGUCUCCCCACGAGGACGAGCUUUACUGCAAGAAGUGCCACGCCCGUAAGUUUGGUAUCAAGGGCGUUGGCUUUGGUAUCGGCGGAGGUUCACUGGGCAUGGACGAAGGAGAACAAUUAGGAAAUGUACCCGACCCAAGCCUAAGGGGAGCACCAGCAGUUGCAGCAGCGUACGCUCACUCAGACCUGACGGGCGUCACCGGGGAAGGUGACCGCUGCUCGAGGUGCGGCGGCUCGGUCUACGCCGCAGAAAAGAAGGUUGCCGCCAACAUGACUUGGCACUCCAAGUGUUUCACCUGCUUCAUGUGUAACAAGCGCUUGGAUUCCACCACCCUAGCCGAUAAGGACGGUGAAAUCUUCUGUAAAGGAUGCUACGCCAAGGGAUUUGGACCCAAGGGAGUCGGCUUCGGCAUGGGUGCUGGCUCGCUUGCAACAGACUAGACAUAUAUUCCUGGCUGCUACGGGAAAGGAUUCGGACCCAAAGGAGUUGGAUUUGGAACUGGAUCCGGCGCUCUGGCCACGCAAUAAAUCUCUUGCAUUACUCCGAGGUUUUCCAAUACUCGCUAACCCUUGCUAUGGAAACCAGUGCUACUUUGUCCCUAAUCUUAAUCUCCUUCGCCUUUUGGAGAUCAUCCGUUACUCCAUUGACCUAAUUAUCAAGAAUAAUCCAUGACUGUUCUCAAUCUUAAUUUCAAUCCAAUCAAUUUGUUCUCAAUUUCAAUCAUUGCAACGUACAUACGUUCGUAUUUCAUAUAAACAUAUAAACUCACUCUACAAUAAUUUCUGAAAUCAAUCUGAAUGUACAUACAGAUGGCCCUUAAUACAAUGUUAAUAUUUUAUAUUUCAAAAAAGGAAUCCUGCACAACUUUUUUAAAAAUCUGAAAAUGUUUAGCACUCCUUUAAUAUGUCAUAAAUUACAUUAUUUUAUUCAUUUUAAGUCUAUUUUCUAUCAUACACACUGGACUAUGCUAUAACUAAAUUUAAUUAUGAGUCUGAUUUACAUACACGAUUUGUUUCUCUCUUACAAAAAUGCUUUACCAUCUUCAGAUUAAAAAACCGGAACUUCAUGUCAAUCAAAUAAUUUGUUAUUAUUUUUUUAUCGGUUCAAUCCAAAAUUAGACAUAUAUUAUGUGAAACACUUUGUUUCUACUUAAACUGUUUUCUGCCAUUUUUAUUUCUGUGAAAGUUCUAUGCAAUAAUUCACGUUCUGUUUCGUAUCGAAGCAUACAUUUUAAAUGAAAUAUAUAAACUAUUCAAAUUAAUCAUUUAAAGAUUUUCUUUUAAAAUCUACAUUUUAGAAAAAACUCUCAUUCAGAAAGUAGUUCAAAAUUCAAAUGAAUAUUAUAUAGAAAUAUAAAUGUUUUGUUGCCGUCUCUGUAUGCAUGCAGUACGUAAAUUAGGGUUAUCUCAUUUGUGUGAUUCUUUAAGAUAUGUAACUAACGUGAACGUUUUGAAAAAGCAUGCAUUUUUAGAAAACAUUUAGCUUGUAUUUUAUUUGGACAAAAUAGAUUUAACAAUGUAUAGGUUAGCAAAAUCUGUCUCGGAAUUUUGGUAAAAGUAAAGUUUGUACAUUUGGAGAAAAAAAAAAUCAAAAAUAAGUUUUUCAGAUAUUUUAUUACUAAACAAUUUUCCUAUUUUUACAUGUUAUUUAUUAACACAAGAAAAAGAGACGUUUUAUUUAAGAUGUUAUUGAAUCUGGAAAGUGUCUACGAAAUAAAAGAAAGACUUUAAAAGAAAAUGUUACAAGAACAUUCUUUCAAAUUGAA